AAGACUCUUCGUCUUCUUCCUCUGCGGACUGCGUUAGAUUUUGACCAGAGAGAGUAAGCAACUCAAGUCAAUAGAGAUGAGGCUGAUAACGCACAACAUGCUCUCCUGCAACAUCAAAGGAGUCACGAACGGCUUUCCUCUCAAGAUCGAAGCGGAGAAAGUGAUCGAGAAGGAAGUCGACUUCAACCCCGAGUUUCUCAGGCACAUGUUCGCCAAGAUCGAGUGGAAGGCUCUCGUGGAAGCUGCUCGUUCCUUGGGAUACGCCGAGUUGCCGGAGGAUUCCCCUGACGCGACGGCGAUUGAAUCCUCCGUCGACGACGAGUCCUUGCUGAAGAAACUCCACCACGCGUUGCUCGAGCUGCACCUGGAGGAAGGCGCGCUCGUGUGCCCCGAGACUGGACGGAAGUUUCCGGUUAACAAGGGAAUCCCUAAUAUGCUUCUCCACGAAGAUGAGGUUUAGUUAAUUGGAUUCAAAAAAAAGAAUGUUCGAUUAGGGUUGUGAUGUGAGAAUCCAUUUGGUGAUUAUUUGCAAUUCAAAAGCUUUGCGUUCUUGAAAUUGAUGUUUUCGUAUAUGAUCAAUAGUUUACUGAUUGUUUUGUGAUGUGAGAUAUGCAGUUCAAACAACAUUCUUAA